UCUAUCUCUCUCUCUCUCUCUCUCUUUGAAACAUUAAAAGAAAACUACCAAACCAAACCAAUAUCAUAGCGGUGCGCUGCCAUUACACAAUACCUCUCUCUACGCUAUGGGCUUCCCUGUUGGCUACACAGAGCUUAUACUCCCAAAAGCUCUAAUCCAAACUCUUUCUUUUCUGGGUUUCAUUAGGAGGAUCAUAAGCACUCUCUUUCGCUACCUGCGGCUCCCUGAUUUUCUUGAACCUGACAUUUCUUGGCCAGAAACGCCUCCCAGGUUUCCUGAGUUCUACUCCUUCUCCGCUAUCCUCAUACGCGAGAUCCUCCCCGUCGUCAAGUUCUCCGACCUUGUCGACCCGCCUGACAGUUGCGCUGUCUGUCUUUAUGAGUUUGAAGACCAAGAUGAGAUCAGACAACUCACCAACUGCCGUCAUAUAUUCCAUCGGAGCUGCUUGGACCGGUGGAUCGACUACGACCAGAAAACAUGCCCGCUUUGUCGGACGCCGGUGAUUCCUGAAGAUGUGCAGGAGACUUUCAAUGAGAGGCUAUGGGCUGCUGCUGGGAUUCCUGAGUUCUAUGGCGAGUAUUCUCAGAUUGCUGCCUUGUAGAUUUUGUAUUCAAUAAUUUUCAACCCCAAAAAUUUAAAAAAAAAAAAAUUAACCUUUUUCUUGCUCUUUCUGGGGUUGUUCAUACCCUAUAUAUAUGACGAAAACCAAAACUUAUGAUCAGAAUUAAAUAAUUUUGUAUAGUUUUCUUGCA